AUGACCCCCUUCCCCGUCGCCAUCUCCUUUCGGCGCUUCCUCCACUCCACAACAUGCCUCCGCGCAGCAGCAUCGUCUACCCUUUUGUCCCCUAGAGCGGCCCUUACGCCUGUCUCCGCCGAGCCAGCCGACACAGACGACGUCGACGCCCAACCUCAAUCCCCUCCGUCUGGUCCCAAGGUUACCCUGGGAGUGCUCAGUAAAUUUAUGGACGACAUGGUCGCCGUUCCACACAACUAUGAGCAACAAACUCAGCAAAAACCUUCCCGUCCACAAGCCUUGUUUAAGGAUCAAGUUCUCAUCCGCCCCAUCGAUUUUCAUCGCAGGGCGCACAAGUAUCGUGCCCCUCCCUGGCGGAGGCCCAACGUCGGGCCAGGCCGCGAAGCACGCUACAACGAUAUCUUCAUUCAACUCGGCAUCGAUCCGCGCCGUGAGGCAGACAACGUAACUCUCAUGAGUAACUACAUGACCGCCCUCGGCCGUAUUAAGCCUCGUAAAGACACUGGCCUUUCUCAGCGCAGCCAACGCCUCCUUGGCAAGGCUAUCAAGCGCGCUAAAAUGAUGGGCGUCCUCCCAAUCCUCAGCAAUCCAAGAAUGAGAGACAGGUCCCAGCCUUUGCCACCCAAGCCUGAAAAGAAAGACUCUCGCUCCCGUUCCUAUCUGCCCGGUCGUUAA